GGAAGGGAAGGGAGGGGGAGGAGCGGGCGGCAGUAGCGGUGAAUUUUUUUGGAGGUGGGUGGGGGGCGCCACUCACAGCCCCAGGUGCUGCUUGUGCUGGGAGCCGCGGUGUCUCCUGGACGCUCCGGGUUAGUGGUUCCGAGUCACCGCAGCCAGACUCCAAGGUGGGGGAGGGAAGAAGCCGGAGCCGCCGCAAGCCACACGUGAAAGAAAAGCACAAGAAGAAAGUUUUACAGUCAUUGUUGAUAUGACUAUUAUGCUGAUCCCCCAAAUCAAGAAAAAGAAUUCUGAGAGUGAUGGUCAGCCAUAUAGAAGAAUACAUUGAACCUAUAGUUUUCUGAAGAAUCAGUUCAAAAGAUCCAAAAAAUACAAAAGGAGAAGUACAAAUGUCUACCACAAGACGAAAACGUAAUAUGUUAUGUUGUUUACCGUAAGCUGUAGUAAAAUGAGCUCAAUUGUUGACAGAGAAGAUGGUAGUAUUUUUGAUGGGUUGGUGGAAGAAGAUGACAAGGACAAAGCAAAAAGAGUAUCUAGAAACAAAUCUGAAAAGAAACGUAGAGAUCAAUUUAAUGUUCUCAUUAAAGAACUGGGAUCCAUGCUUCCUGGUAAUGCUAGGAAGAUGGACAAGUCUACUGUUCUGCAGAAGAGCAUUGAUUUUUUACGAAAGCAUAAAGAAAUCACAGCACAGUCAGAUGCCAGUGAAAUUCGACAGGACUGGAAACCUACAUUCCUUAGUAAUGAAGAAUUUACACAAUUAAUGUUAGAGGCUCUUGAUGGUUUUUUUUUAGCAAUCAUGACCGAUGGAAGCAUAAUAUAUGUGUCAGAGAGUAUAACUUCAUUACUUGAACAUUUACCAUCUGAUCUUGUGGAUCAAAGUAUAUUUAAUUUUAUCCCAGAGGGGGAACAUUCAGAGGUUUAUAAAAUACUCUCUACUCAUCUGCUGGAAAGUGAUUCAUUAACCCCUGAAUAUUUAAAAUCAAAAAAUCAGUUAGAAUUCUGUUGUCAUAUGCUUCGAGGAACAAUAGACCCAAAGGAGCCAUCUACCUAUGAAUAUGUGAAAUUUAUAGGAAAUUUCAAAUCUUUAAACAGUGUAUCCACUUCAGCACACAAUGGUUUUGAAGGAACUAUACAACGCACACACAGGCCUUCUUAUGAUGAUAGAGUUUGUUUUGUAGCUACUGUGAGAUUAGCUACACCUCAAUUCAUCAAGGAAAUGUGCACUGUUGAAGAACCUAAUGAAGAGUUUACAUCUAGACAUAGUUUAGAGUGGAAGUUCCUAUUUCUAGAUCACAGGGCACCACCUAUAAUAGGAUAUUUGCCAUUUGAAGUUCUGGGAACAUCGGGCUAUGAUUACUAUCAUGUGGAUGACCUAGAAAAUUUGGCAAAGUGUCAUGAGCACUUAAUGCAAUAUGGGAAAGGCAAAUCAUGUUAUUAUAGGUUCCUCACCAAGGGACAACAGUGGAUUUGGCUUCAAACUCAUUAUUACAUCACUUAUCAUCAGUGGAAUUCAAGGCCAGAGUUUAUUGUUUGUACUCACACCGUAGUAAGUUAUGCAGAAGUUAGGGCUGAAAGACGACGAGAACUUGGCAUUGAAGAGUCUCUUCCUGAGACAGCUGCUGACAAAAGCCAAGAUUCUGGGUCUGAUAAUCGUAUAAAUACAGUCAGUCUCAAAGAAGCCUUGGAAAGGUUUGAUCACAGCCCAACCCCUUCUGCUUCCUCCCGGAGUUCAAGAAAAUCAUCUCACACAGCAGUCUCAGACCCUUCCUCAACACCAACAAAGAUCCCAACGGACACUAGCACUCCUCCCAGACCACAUUUACCAGCUCAUGAAAAGAUGGCGCCAAGGAGGGCAUCAUUUAGUAGUCAGUCCAUAAAUCCCCAGACUGUUGGUCAGUCGUUAACACAGCCAGCGAUGUCACAAGCUGCAAAUUUACCAAUUCCACAAGGCAUGUCCCAGUUUCAGUUUUCAGCUCAGUUAGGAGCCAUGCAGCAUCUAAAAGACCAAUUAGAGCAACGGACACGGAUGAUAGAAGCAAAUAUUCAUCGACAACAAGAAGAACUAAGAAAAAUUCAAGAACAACUUCAAAUGGUCCAUGGUCAAGGGCUGCAGAUGUUUUUACAACAGUCAACCCCUGGUUUGAGUUUUGGUUCUGUUCAACUUUCUUCUGGAAAUUCAUCUAACAUCCAGCAACUCACACCUAUAAAUAUGCAGGGCCAGGUUGUUCAAACUAAUCAGAUUCAAAGUGGAAUGAAUACUGGACACAUUGGCACAACUCAACAUAUGAUACCACAGCAGACUUUACAGAGUACAUCAAGUCAGCAGAGUCAACAAAAUGUACUGAGUGGGCACAGUCAACAAACAUCUCUUCCCAGUCAGACACAGAGCACUCUCACAGCCCCACUGUAUAACACUAUGGUAAUCUCGCAGCCGGCAGCCGGAAGCAUGGUCCAGAUUCCAUCUAGCAUGCCACAGAACAGUACCCAGAGUGCUGCAGUAACUACAUUCACUCAGGACAGACAGAUCAGAUUUUCUCAAGGUCAGCAGCUUGUGACCAAAUUAGUAACUGCUCCUGUGGCUUGCGGGACGGUCAUGGUACCUAGCACAAUGCUCAUGGGUCAGGUGGUGACCGCCUACCCUGCCUUUGCUCCGCACCAGCAGCCGCCACAGACGCUGUCAGGCACGCAGCAGCAGCAGCAGGGCUCCCAGGAACAGCAGCUCGCUUCGGUUCCGCACCCAUCUCAGGCUCAGCUGACCCAGCCACCGCAGCAGUUUUUACAGACUUCACGGUUGCUUCACGGGAAUCCUUCAACUCAGCUUAUCCUCUCUGCUGCAUUUCCACUACAACAGAGCACUUUCCCUCAGUCACAUCACCAGCAACACCAGGCUCCGCAACAGCAGCACCUGAAUCGGCACAGGACUGACAGUUUGACCGAUCCUUCCAAGGUUCAACCACAGUAGCACACACGCCUCCUCUCGGACCUCAGGGGAGGAAGGAGUUGUCUGUAGCAGUUGCUCAGAUGGUCUGAGGCUAGAAGGAAAAGUUCCAGCAGUUUCACAAGAUGCAGUGUUGAGCGUUGUAGUUUCUGGAAUUAGUUAGCAGGGAAAAUGCUGCCUCGUGCUGCAGAUGUACCUUAAAUACCAGCCAGCAGGAGAUGGUCAUGGGGCCAUAGCCAAUUCUGACAGUGUUGUACUUGCCCAGCUAUUUUUUGGAUGGAAAGAGUAUAUUGCCAAAUGUUAAGAAGCUCAGCUAGGAAACAUGACCUCCAGUCAAUCAGAAGGGCACUAACCAUGUUAGUAACCUUUAGUGGUUCUGUGCCUGUUUUCAAGUGUUACAGAGGACACACCACUGUCACGUCAGGGGUUGCUUACAAUGAUGCCAUGAAGACAGUCCAGUAGACCCAUAGGCACCCCCCUUCCCCAUUCCCUCUCCCUUUUCAGAUAACGAUUGGAUAGUAAUUAAUGACAGAAUGCUGUGUGGUUCAAAUUCUCUAUGUACAGAUGCUGUAAAAAAUUAUGUAUAUGUCUGGAUAAAAGGAGAGAAAGCAAAACAUUUUGUAAGCUGCAUGAAAGCAUUAUCUCCUCAUAGGUAUAUUUCCUUAGAUUGACACCACGUGCAAACUAGUACAUUCUCUGUUUCCCCUUUUGUUUACAACCCAGUAGUGUUCUACUCACUUUUCCGGGGCACAAGGCUUUUUGUUCAUACUUUGGCUGUGAUGUCACAGUUUGUUGAGUGAGGUAUGAUGUGCUGCUGGGAGUGGAUAUUUUUUUCCAAGUUAAAUUAUUGAAGCAACAGGAUUUUCAAGUUACUCAGAAAUAUCCGUCAUUUCAUUACUUUUCAUUUAUGUUUGAAAAUAGGAUUUGCACUGCUUUAUUCUAGAUGGUUGGAAGUUUUGGUCACAUAUUUUGAUAAUUCAUAGUUGGAAGUAGUUGUUUAAACGGCUUUCAAUAAGCCUGAAAGUCAUUUCAAGAAUGUUCCAGUUAUAGGAGUAAAAUUUGCACACAAAAGAUUUUAGGCACUUUUUAACAUUCUCACUGGUGGGAAUUUUAACUUUUAGGAUUUGUUGGAAUCUUUUUAUUAUCCUUCACAAUUUCAAUGCUUCUUUUAGUCAGAAAUGAUUCAGGGUUAUUUGAGAGAAAAAAAAACCCAUAGUGCCUUGGUUUUGAUUCAGGUGAUAACUCACCAUCUUGAACUCAUUGUCUGGUUUCAGUAGCAGUUUUGAAACCUUAGUAUAUUUUUAACAGCAUGUGGGUGUCAGUGCCAUUAUGAUUCUCCUAAGUUCCCAGGAAGACUGCUUUGAGUCUCUUGGACUAGAGGUACAAGUAACUUAGGGAAAAAAAGGUGACAUCCUAACACUAGCAGAGUCACUGAUGUGAUCACAAACUUGUUUUCCUAAAUCAACAUCUUCCUUUCAAGCUAAACAGUCAGUUAAAAAUUACCUGUAAGUAUUUUCUCCAUAUGAUCUUGAUAUUUCUACAAAGAAAAAAGCAAGGGUAGGAAUUGGCUUUGCCUUCACUAUAACACUAGAAUAUUGUAACUCACAUGCUUUCUAAACAUGAACUAAGAUUUCAUUUGGCAAUAUUAGAUUCUAAAGGUAAUAAAUUCCAACAGCAAUUACAUAAAAAAGCAUUUUAUAGAUUUUUAUGGUACUAAUAAUUAAAUUUCGACUACAGAGCAAAGAAAAAUUAAUGGAAAUACCUUAUUAGAAUAUCAGAAAUUAUCACUGAGGAAAGGGAGGAUAGCAAGCUGUAAUAUAUCAGAAUUGACCUUCAUAGAGAAUGUGUACUGGAACUGAGGCUUCUCUGCAGAAGGAGGCUGGAGCAGUGACGGUGACCUACUGCGGAGUUGCUCUUACGCUCGGUUCGUAAGACUUUUCUGUCCUCCACUUUGCUCUCAUCCCGAAGGGAUAUACUUUGUCUUUCUAUAGACAGCUGUACUUGGCCACAGUUAAAUUAGAAAGUUAUAUUGAAAAUAACCAAAGAAAGUUGGUACCUACCCUUCUACAAAAGAAGUGUCACUAGAUACCAAUUAAUAAUUAACAUAUCAAGAAGCUCCUCUUCUAGCUACAUGAUCUGGAUGAAGAGAUUUCUGACUUUCUCAUGAAUGUCAAGAAUGGUUGUCCACGUGUGUGUAUAACUGAGCAUAGGUACACGUAGACGAAAUUGAUGUUGCAGAAUGCGGCAACAGUAUUAACUUUCUCCCCUUUCAAAUUGCCUUUCUCAACCUUAUGCCAUUCCACAUAUAUCUGAGUUGUGCCUCAUUUGUUUAUUGGCGAUAUCUAGGGGUAUGGGUAACAAAAGAGACGAAGAACUGUUAAGAUUUAUCCUCUAAAUACCAUACUUACGAGGAAGGAUGGUCAGCUGUGAGUGCUGUGUACUUAGGUUAGCCAAGGCAAAGCGUAAGACAAGCCGCAAGGUAGAUCUGUACACUAUUCACGUUCUUCUCCACCAGUUCCUUCAAGUGUUUUCCAUCCUCGCCAAUAUUUGGGAAGGAGAAUUAGAUAAAAUGUUGUUUUAUAAUUCCUAUUGUUCCUCACAGCUCAUUUUUGCCCUUAGAAUUGAUUGCUGAAUUUAAAGGAACAGCUAGCUGCGUUCCCUUUGCCGUCAGAAGAGCUAGUGAGCGCCAGCUGCCUCAGUACCUCAGUGCUGUGUUUCCUUCCUGCUUUCCUUGAACUUGGCUUGCAGAGCUGUCUGCCCCUCCCGCCCCUCCCCCAUCACUGAGAGUUGAGCGUUCUGAUGAAGAUUUGGCAGUCGCCUGUUCUUCAUUUCUGGAGCCAAAGUUGUUCCUUAAAAUCCCAAAUCUGCGUGAUGAAGGAAUACCAAAUACAGCACCUUUCAGCUUCUUAAAAGUCCUUACCUUCCCUCUGCUUUACUCUCAUAGAGAUUCAGUUUAUCUUAAAAAUCUUAUUCUGGGUGGCACUUUCUAGGUGAGAAGCUAUUAAAACUCUGGGGAAAUGUUAGCUGCUCUGCAGUCACCCUGCUUUGGACAACUCAGGUGGGGACUGCAAGGAUCAGUCAUGUUGCUGCAAAGAGUGGUGUCAAACCAGAACCUAGACACUCAAAAGUUUCUCCAAUUUUUGGGUAGAAUGUAUCGGAGAAAAAGCAAAUAUGAGGGAUGGGGAUCGCACGUGAGCAAAUACUACCUUUCAGUCUCCAAACUCUGUCCUAAGCUGAGGGGGGGAUCAUUUGUGUCCCAUGCUCUACUUUGUCACUUAAAUUUGGUUUAGGAAUGUACUAGAACUAAGAGGAUGCUAGUGACUUUGAAUAGUUGGAUAUAGAGUACUCAGUGCAGAAUAGUGAAAAUGUGAUUUGGAUUCUUCCCAAGCGCUAGAGUUUUUGGUCAUUGCCUUAAAGCGGUCUGCUUGCAGUUGGUUCGGGGCGCGGAGGCUCUCUGCAGGGCAUCCUGCUGAAGGGAGACGAAUCUUUGUUCCAGAAGCCUUAGAAAGGGGCCCCUUCAAACAGUACUCUUUCUGUGGCUCCACACAGGUGAAAAUUAUUUUAAACUGGAGAUUACUUGUUUUCUGAUGUUUCCACUACAGUGAGGUAAACCUUUUUUUUUUCUUUUAAGGUGGAAUGCAAAUAGGAUUUUACUCUAGUAUUGCUCAUUUCUCCCUUUUUCUUUUUUCUCUAGUUCUUUGAUGAUUGAAAGUUUGUUGGUGAACAUUUGUGUAAAACUCAUUCAAGUCUAUAACCUUUCCAAUAUCUGUGACCCUACUCUUCGUCCCUUGGGAGUCGAUGUUGGAAGGUAUAAACACUGGAUAUUACUAUUGCUGAGUGAGUCUAGCCAGGAGUAAGCGGAUUGGAACUUUCAAAUGGUGGGAAAGAAACAGCACAAAGGCACUUGCCAUUUUACUAGUGAUUGCAGAGAGAGACCCUUUUAAGUUUGUUUGGGUUGGGUGAGCAUUCCUCUGAAAGGAGCUUCUGAAAUAAAUGCAAAGGAAAAGAGUCGACUAUUUUUAUAGCAUAUUUAAUAUAUUUGUAUAUAACUAUGAAUAUAGUAGGAACCCUCCACAUGCCUCCCACUUUUCUAAUUUACUCCCCCUUUUGCCAUAGCACUAGCAUAGCCUCAUCCGCAUGGGGAACGUGCCUAUCGUCAGCCUACCACGAGAUAGUGCUGCUGCUUUAGAGACAGGUGAGAGCGCCCAACUCUCAUGCCCGGGGAUCCUUUCUGUAGGAAUAGCACACACUCUUCAAACAACAUACCACAGUCUGAAAGCAUCAUUUUGAAAUGUAAUGAGCACUUUAUUGCAACUAUUCAUUUUGAUAAAGUUUAUUAUCUUAGGCAUUACCAUUUCUAAAGGAUCCCCAAAUCAUCAGUUAGGUGAAAUUUUAAAAUGACACAUUUCUGAGAAAUGUUUAGAUCCAGUGAACCGUAGCAGGUUUAUGGGAGUGAUUUCAAGGUAGCCAAAUGAACUUUGACUUUGGUUUUGAAUGUGGUGGAGUCAGGAGACUGUAGAUGCCUAGUUCCAUUUCGACACUAUUGUAAACCUGUCUUGCCUAUUGUGUGGACACCAAAAGAGACCAAUGAGCCUGUUUAUUUUCAGAGGUCUAGGAAAAUUGCAUCAGUGUGAAUAGAUGUAUAGAACUAACCUAAAAGUGAUUGGUAGUAAUAUUUUAGAAUAUGAUAAUUUCAAGAAUUAUUCUGGGUGUUUUAAAUGUUGCUCUGAAAUGUUGGCAUGUCAUUUCAGUGUUUCCAUUUGAAUUGCUCUUGUAAUAUUUUUGCACAAAAAAGGACUGAGAAAAAGACUACUUCGGUUGAAGAAAAGUAGAAUUUGGUCUUUUUAAAUAUGUCUCCUGUGGAAACACUGGGGAUGAAUUUUGUUGGUAUAGUUAUUAAUUCAGGAUAUUUAAAGCAGUAUUGAACAGCUCACAAGAAAUAAGCAAACGUGGACGUUUAAAAAUUAAAACUUUCUUUCCAUGUGACUGUUUUUGCAUAUUUUUCCCCUUGUCGUAAUUUAACACUACAUUCCUUGUUUUUCGUAAAUAAAAUACUUUGCAGGUUCUGCUUUGAGUAUUUAACAAUAUUUUGUAAGCUGCCUGGGUUUUCCUAGGGGAACGGUCUUUAGUGAAAUAGGAUAUAGUUUAUGAAGAGACUGUUUGAGUGGAAUCCCAUCACCACCACCAGCAAACACCGAGGUGCUGCAUUAAGUGACAAUCAAAAUAGUGAGUAUUUAUGGAAGAAUUUAGAAAGUGAUUUUAAAGACACAAUUGCUUUGAAAGCAGUUCUUUGGGUUUCUUGAAUGAAAAUGGCUAAAUGUAUUUAUUUAUAUUUUAAAAUAUCUUUGUGUUGUUUUCUCAUCAGUGAUUUCACAGUGUCAUGUAUUUAAUUUGUGGAUUGUUUUUGUUUUGCUUCGUAAUCUUUUACGUAAAGAACUGACUCUUAUCUGGGGCGCAGUCUCUGGCCCUCAUGAGGACUCUCCCCGGGCCAGUGCAAAUCUGUGUUACUUCAGGACGGCAGUGGAGGGCCUAACGCCAGAUGCCCUUGCACUGCCCUCCUGUUCUCAACUGAAUUCAGAAAAAAUAAAGGUAACUCCUUCCAAAUCUGCUUGGUAUAGCUCCAGCCUUUUUCUAGUUUCACUUGCUGCCUUUUCUAUUUUAUGGGUACUUUUUAUAUGGUUACUUCCCCAACACAGCCAAAGGCCAGUAUGACAGAACCGAUGGCACACAUUGCGUGUGUUUUGCCCAUUUGGGGAAAUGUUAGUAAGACAUCAGCAUCUUCUAACGGCCGUCACUAUCAUAUCCAUAUUAAAAUCCAUUUAAAGUCCUUAAAUAUAGGUGGAACAAUGUGUGUGCACUGUACUCUUCUACAAAAAAUGUUUGCCAUUUUUAUAUAGUGACUGUUGCUUGGUCCUUCAUACACAGCACUAUCCACUGAAAGUAGUGUCUGAGCAUUUGAAGCCUAGAAAUUCUGAGGCUGCUUCUUACCUAGUAUAGUGUUGGAACAGAAUUCUCCCUGUUGGAGCUCCCCAAGUAGCUCUUGAGUCCCACAGGCCAGGGACAGGGCAUACUGUCUAGCUUUUGGGACCCCUUCAAGAAUGGUAAUUAAAGCACAUCAACCACGAGUUGGAUUUAAUGAUGUAAAAAAUGUUUAACUCUGAGGGUUACAUUGAAAAUGUGAUGUUUUCAAAUGUUUGCUUUUAAAUUUCUGAGGAAACAAACUGUGACAUCGCUUUAAAAAUGACAUGCAAAUGUUAUACGUGUGUUUUGAGUUGGUCUGUCCUGGUGCAGAUUCACUGCUGGCAAUGGUCGUGCCAGCGCUAAAGGGUUAAAUUGGAGGGAAAGCUAGACCGUCCUUAGGUUGAUGCAUUAUGUAACUAGACAAUCAAGCAAAAAAGUUGGCCAGGAAAUAUCCUCAUUUUUUUUUUCAUGUCAGCCAGAAUAGCUGUACUUCUUAGACCAUUCUAGAGUAAUUUUGAAAUCUAUGUUACUAUGGCGUAAGUUGGUGAAGGGCCUCAGUAUGGCACUUGCACAUUCACUCUGUAGAGAUUGAAGCCCAAAGAUGAGUCAUAUUCAGUGCUGUAUUGAAACCAGUUAGUGCAAAAAAAGUUUUACCUUUGUAAAUUUUUAAUUGUUAACAUCAGUUAGUAGCUGUAAAAACAGACACCAAAUUCUUUCUCAUGUUCUGUGUGGUUUCUUGGUGUGCUACUCUUGACACUGCUGUCCUUACUGCUUGGUUCUUGGUUUAAAGUAAAAAUUAGACGUAGUCCAUUGUUAACUUCCAAAAGGGUAGAGCUAUAAAUGGCUAACUGAUCUUAAGAAUACCUGCUUUUCCUAAAGCAGACAUUUAACUGAAAUCCAAACUGAUUUACAAAAAUGAGACUGACAUUUUCUAGGUACUGUCUUCUGCCCAAAUCCUAAAUUGCACAGAAGCACGAAGAGAUAAUGAAUGGUUUCCAUGGUGCUACAUUAGGUUCUCUGAUUCUCAUGAGUUAUGUUGGGAAGUAAACAUUAUAUAAAAUGUGGAUCGUUCUGUUACCAACUUACUAUUGAUUGCCAUUUCAAUUUGGUGUUACAAUUGGUUACACUUGUUUUUCAGAGCUGUCCUUUGAGAAGUGGUAAAAUGUUUUAUUACCCUACCUCCACUCAGGCCUCUUGGUGUAUGAUCAUUUCUCCAGGUUAUGAUGUGCAUAGUUUUUUUAAAACUACAUGUACUAUUAUUAUAAUGCUCUUUCCCCGCAGACUUUUGUAUUGUAUUCAGAACCUAAAACCAUAGCAAAAGAGCCAAGCAGUAGCAUUGGUGGUGGUGGUUGUUGGUUUUGUUUUUGUUUUUUUUUUUUUUGUAAAUGUAAAACUUAGAUCCAGACUUUGUUUCCUUAUUCAAUUUUAAAAAUAAAAAAUACCUCAGUGCUA